AUGACUGUCACCACAAUAGAGCAUAAUAAUAAUGUUGCUAUUAAAUUUGUCUCGACAAACAGAUCAGUUAGCCGUAUCAUCUCAAGACAACAAUCUAUUAUCUUUCUCUAUGUUAUAUUAUCAAUUAUCAGACUAUCAUACGCAGAUACAUGGCCGGCUCUAAAAUAUGUGAAUCCAAUUUGUCUCCUCCUUUUCAUUAGAGUACCAAUUAUAGAUUCAGUACAGUCUAUUGCCAACCAGGGCAUUCAAAUAUCAUGUUCGGGAGGGCUUUUGUUGUUCCCCAGGGAUUGGAAUUAUGCAUUAUUCACAAGUAUCAAAUUCAUCCCUCAGGAUGAGAUAGAAGACAUUUUCAUCAACGAAGCCUUCAGAGGAUUACAAGUCAUAUACUAUCUUGCAGUGUUGGUCAAGAACCAGAAGAAGCUACAGGUACUAUUUGAGGUAUGUCACGUGAUUUAA